UCUCAUCCCUUGUCGUUUAUCAGAAGAUACAAUGAUGGAGAUUGUUUGCGAGGCUGAAGCACAGGAGCCUCCUAGAUUCUGAUCCUGUGGGUGUAAUGUAGCAAGACUCUCCAGCAUGACUUAAAUGAACUCUCCCCAGCCCUCACACGUCCAGGGAUGGCGCUCUUGAACCUCACAACAGUAAUCGACAAUGGGUUUUUGGAUGAGGCGCCGUCGGGCCGCGUCCUAACUGGCUGUUUCCUUUCGCUGCUCAUCCUCACCACCUUGCUGGGAAACACGCUCGUUUGUGCCGCCGUCACCAAGUUUCGUCACCUGCGCUCCAAAGUGACCAACUUUUUUGUGAUCUCACUGGCCGUGUCAGACCUCUUGGUUGCCAUCUUGGUGAUGCCGUGGAAAGCGGUGACGGAGAUCGUCGGGUUCUGGCCGUUCGGCUCUUUCUGUGACACCUGGGUGGCUUUCGACAUUAUGUGCUCCACCGCGUCUAUUUUGAACCUUUGUGUGAUAAGCCUGGACCGCUACUGGGCCAUCUCCAGCCCCUUUCGCUAUGAGAGGAAGAUGACACCCCGAGUGGCCUUUGUGAUGAUCAGCGUGGCCUGGACGCUGUCUGUGCUCAUUUCCUUCAUCCCGGUGCAGCUCAACUGGCACAAGGCCCAAACUAAAUCUUACACCCCUCUCACAGGGUCCUCUGGCUCUUCAGGUUCCAAUGCUACAUCUUACAGCACCCCGGAGAACUGUGACUCAAGCCUGAACAGGACCUACGCCAUCUCCACCUCUCUCAUAAGCUUUUACAUCCCUGUGGCCAUCAUGGUGGCCACCUACACCCAGAUAUACCGCAUUGCCCACAGACAGAUCAGGAGGAUCUCUGCCCUGGAGCGGGCGGCCGAAAGUGCCAAGAACAGGCACGACAGCAUUUGCGGAGGCUCCAGCAUCGCAGAGUCCGAGAGCUCUUUCAAAAUGACGUUCAACAGGGAGACCAAGGUGCUGAAGACGCUGUCGGUCAUCAUGGGGGUGUUUGUGUGCUGCUGGCUCCCGUUCUUCGUCCUCAACUGCAUGGUGCCCUUCUGCGAGCAGUCGAGCGGAGGGAAGGCUUUCCCCUGCAUCAGCCCCACCACGUUUGACGUGUUUGUGUGGUUCGGCUGGGCUAAUUCCUCCCUCAACCCCAUCAUCUAUGCCUUCAAUGCAGAUUUCCGCAAGGCCUUCUCCAUCCUGCUGGGCUGCCACAGACUGUAUCCAGGAGGCCACAACAUAGAGGAGGUCAGUCUAAACAAGAAAUGACUCAUGACUUCUCUCAUAGCACUGACUCAUCCUUAAUGCUAAGAGUCCCAGCGUUCCCGUAGAGGCCGGUCUGAUCGACGAGGAUGCUGCUCUCUGUGCUGACUCUUAGUGUGACUGAAGGAUACGGUGACCCCACAUGUACCCGUGUUUGCGUUCGGGCGAGUGGCGCCGUCCGUGCGCCG